AUGCGCUUGGGCUACUACCUGCCAAUACUCAACGUCUUUAUCACGCUUGAGCUAGGGCAUACAGCCUGCAACCGUUUGCCGCGAUGGCUGGUGCCGCUGCGGUAUCGCCUGGACAUCGUGACGCGAAUCAACCAGCCCUAUCAACCAUUUGGCGGUUCAGUACUGAUUGACCUGAGAUCGGAACGGCCUACUAAGAAGCUGGUACUUAAUGUUCGGGAUUUGGUGAUUAGCAAACAGGAUGGCGUAGCCUUAACCGUCAAGAAUGGCAAUCCUGUGACUGUCAGCCAAAUGGAUAUAGAUGUUAGACUUUGCCGGAUGACUGUGUACCUUAAGGACGCUCUUAUGAUCAAUGUCACAUACGCACUGAACGUUUCAUUCUCCAGUGUCCUAAGGACAGAUCAUACCGGUUUCUAUAGUAGCACCUAUGUGGAUCGUAACACCACGCUUGCCCAGUGGCUGGCGGCCACAAAUUUUGAACCAAAUCACGCCAGAGAGGCUUUUCCCUGCUUCGAUGAUCCCAUUUUCAGGACCCCGUUCACGAUCAACCUGGCACAUCCGCAACAGUAUCGCGCUCUGUCCAAUAUGCCCGUCAAACGGACCAUUCGACACGCCAACAUGAAGGGCUACGUGUGGACGCAGUUCCAGGAGACUGAACCCAUGCAAACAUACCUAGUGGCCUUCUCGAUCAGCAAGUUUGAUAGGCCAGGAUUUACGUCCAACGAUCGUCCUGGCUGUCCGAUCAGCACAUGGGCCCGCCCGGAUGCCCUGGCCCAGACGGAGUUCGCCAACACAGUAGUGGCGCCGCUACUUACCUUCUACGAGAAUCUUUUCAACAGCACCUUCGGCUACCCAAAAGUUGACCUAUUGGCCCUGCCAGACUUUGCCUUCAAGGCGAAAGAGACCUGGGGCCUGCCAACCUUUUCGGAGGAGUCCCUUUUAUACGAUAGCCAACGGAGUUCGAUGGCCGAUCAGCAGGGCGUGGCACGGGCAGUGGCUGAGACGGUGGUGCACAGAUGGUUUGGCAACCUAGUAUCGGUGCCUUGGUGGAACGAAAUCUGGCUAAAGAAUGCCUUUUCCCUGUACCUUUCUCGGUUCGGAGUGCAUUCACUGCGUCCGGAAUGGGACUACCAGGAGCGGCACGCCAUGAAGCUUUACCAAACUGUGCUCGACUACGAUGCCUAUGUGCAUACGGAUCUGGUGGCGGCAUUGGUACCCAAUGAGACCCACGUUUGGGCGGCAUAUAAUGACAUUGGUGAGACGAAGGCCACCGUUCUUUUUGACAUGCUGCAUCGUGUCAUGGGCGAGGAGGCGUGGCUGUCGGCAAUUCGUCGCUACCUGUUGAUCUAUGCCAAUCGCUAUGCCACUUCUUAUGACUUCUGGGAUGUCCUGCAAUUGCACGUGGAUCGCAAUGGACGCCUGGGCAAGGGUCUUAACAUCACCCGCACCAUGGAAUCCUGGUUAAAGCAGCCAGGAUAUCCUCUGCUCACGGUCAUACGGAACUAUGACGAUCAUUCGGUUAUUGUGGAGCAGAAGCGUUUCUUCAUCAGUUCGCAGUUCAAAAAGCCCGUGGCUAAGGCUCCCUGCUGGUGGGUGCCACUCAGCUACACGUGCCCCAGCUGCAAGCAGUCAAACAGCUCCACUGCCAAUCGAUGGCUUACCUGUCCGUUUUCACGCACCCAGGUUCGGAUCAGACCCGUUCGAAUGGAAAAGCUAUUGGCGAAACCAAGUGACUGGCUGUUACUUAACGCCCGACACUCGGCACCAUUUCGCGUGAACUAUGACCUCCGCAACUGGCAGUUGCUCAACGAAACGCUAUCCGAUCCGAACAAGUUCCGCCUGAUCCAUCGUGUCAGCCGGGCCCAGCUAGUCGAUGAUCUCCUGAAUCUGGCCUGGAGUGGUGUCAUGACAUAUCCCAUGGUCUUGGGCAUUCUCGGCUAUCUUGUGCAUGAGGACGAAUACGUAGUAUGGCAAGCCACAAGCAUUAACUUCGAACGGAUAAACAACGUGGCCAAGAGGAAUCACAAUUACCGGGUCUAUAAGACAUACAUGCGCCUCCUUCUUGAGCGGCAAUUCCAGCAGGUGUCCACAGAUCUUACUUCCGGGAAUAUGACACACCGCCCGCUGAUCUUGGGUCUGGCCUGUCAAUAUGAGCUGCCCGCCUGCGUAAGCCUGGCUCGUCGGGAAUUUGUAAAGGCAACGCCGGCAAAGAGCGGCUGGAUGACCAUCCGAGAAUGGGAAACGGUCCUUUGCGCGGCUGUGAGGUUUGGUACCGAGGCGGACAGGGAAACCGUGGAGUUGAUGUUCCAGAGAUCGAACUUUGCCGCCGAACAGCAAUCCCUUCUGACCGCUCUGGCCUGUUCGCGGAACCCCUUCGCUUUGGACCGAGUCCUUAGAUGGAUCUUCGAGACUGCUGGCCCACGCAAACAUAACGCCUGGCGAACUUUCAAGACAGUUGUCUCCAACCCCGUGGGUUACGAUCUGGCCAAGCGGUAUGUGUCCACCAACAUGCAGCACAUACGUAACUACUGCAGCAACUCCACCAACAAGCUGGUACGUCUCAUGAGGCCACUGAUCGAGUGCCUGUCCAGUUCAAAGGACUUGAACUUUUUAAGCCAGUUCUUAAAUAAGAUCUUAAGGGAUAUGAGUGGUGCGGAGGGGAUGAUCAAGAUCCUGCUGGAACGCGGCAGCGAUAAUAUCCACUGGCAGACCACCAAGUUCCGUCCGAUGUUGACGGCCAUCCGGAACAUAAUCCUAUGGCGGAGUUCGGGAACUUCAAAGGGAAAGGAAAUAGAUGUGCAUUGAGUUGUCUUGGAAUAAAGUUGCUAAUGUGUCUAAGAAGUUUGCCUUUAAUCCAACAACUUUUAUAAGUAUUAAACUUAAGUUUAAGUACUUAAAUUCCUGGCACAAACUUACUAAAUCAAAGACAUUCAUUAGAUUAAAGUUUUGGGAACACAAAAGAGCCAUAUUUCGGUUGAAGACUCUCGGUAAUCAUUGAUUCUCCCAGGGACCCUAAGCUGUACCCAACAAAGUCAACCAUCCAUCGUAACAACAUAACUAACGCGAUCUCAUGGGUGGCGACUUGGUAUCCGUCUGUUCUGCCUUCCGUUCGGUGGCAAUUAGUGAGCCUUGCCUCUGCCACAGCCUAUCUGGCCCAGUCAGUUUGCCAGUCAGUUUUGCUACAGUUGCUACAUAGUUGGGGCAUUUUCAGUUGCUGCAUCAUUCAGAUGCGCGUCGCAUCGCAACGCAUCGCAUUAGCAGGCCACACGAGGCAGCCAAGUGACAACUGACAAUUGACAACUGGCAGCUGAUGAGUGAAGGAAGAGGGGGUGGUGUCGGGGAAAAUCGAAGGGAGAGAAGGGUGGGUAACAGCUGCCUUAAGGCGCUUAGUUCCAGCCGCCUGCUCUCUGCGGUUUGCCAACCCUACCCAGCCAAAGGAUCGACGGAAUGAUUAUGCAA